AUGUCUCAAUUCAAAGUCGCAAUUUACAUUUACCCAGAUGGCGACCUCCUGGAUUUCUCAGGUCCAGCCGAGAUAUACUGCCACUACCACGACAUGGAAAUGGACAUGAGUAAACCAGCUCCUUUCUCAGUAACCACCUUCGCCCAUCAGAGCCCCGUCACGUCCAUCUCCAAAGCCAUGGUCUACUUGCCGAACGCUACUUUCGCCGAAAUGUCCAGCCGCAUUGAAGAAUACGACAUCCUGGUCAUUCCCGGCGCGCACGACGAAACCAUCAAGCAACUCAUCAGCAGCAAAGAGGGCAAAGAGUUGGCUGAGCUCAUUCGACGAUUUUCAAACACGAAGCCAAGGAAAGAGACGGGCAAGAGAUUCCUGCAAUCAGUUUGCACUGGAGGCCUUAUACUGGCGGCUUCUGGGGUACUUGCAGGCCGCACCGUCACAACACAUCAUCUGUCGCUCGACCUGCAGAAGACGCUCGCUGACGAAGCUGCGGGCGGUGAUUCGAAGAUCAACGUUGUGAGGCAACGAUGGUCGGAUGCGGGCACUACCGAGGCGGGUGUGCGCAUUGUGACCGCUGGCGGAGUUAGCUCGGGUAUCGAUACUUCGCUAUGGGUUGUGGGGCAGUGUUACGGAUCGAAGGCGGCGGAGAUGGUUUCGGAGGUUUCGGAGUUUGACAUGAGGCCAGCAGCGUGGGGACUGACUCCACCGUAG